UAGAUGUUAAUUUGUUUAGGUGCACUUUGCAAAACUAAAUUUGGUCUAUUUGGUCGAAAUUGAGUCAAUUGUAUCGUUUCCUAUUGAGGCUUUUAUUUCUUGCCAUCACCGGUUUGCAGUUAAUAUGUUAAUUCGCUUUUGGAACUGUCAUUUCCGAGCUGCACGGAUAAUGGGACAGCCGGAUAAAAGGCACCCGGAUAAUAGUUCUUAAAGACGUGAAAAGACGUCUUGGUGUUGGAGUACAAAUUCUAACCGGUUGAAGGACAGUCACCAGAAGAGUUGUAUAACUUUCCGUGCAUUGCUCCGUAACAAGUAAUCCUUGAUCUCUUCCAAACAAGCCAAUAUGUCCCCGAGAGUGGCCUCUUCCAUCAAACACUUAGUUUAAAAAAAAACAAUCUCGUAGGACGUGAUAAGAAUGCGACUUUCUCUUAUCGCACCUACUGUUUCCGACUCAUUCUGACCAUUUGUCCAUGACAAAAUCUCUGACAAGUGACGACUGUCGCUUGUCAGCAAUCUUCGCAAACAAUCCUUGUAAAGUGCAAUAGUGCAUAUGUUUUGACACGCACUGUUUGCUCUGCUCAUGCCUCUAGGCCCAUUGGUACGUGCAUCAUUAGAAGCAGACAGAUUUGAACGGUGCAUCUUGAAGGGAUGAAGUGCAGUUGCAUUUUGAGAUGCAAAUUGAGGACGAAUCCCGAAUGGGGGUGGCAUGGGUAGACAGAAACUGAAACGAUAAAAGCUGUAUCGUCGUAUGAUUCCAGUUUUAAUGACGAUCGCGACACGGAAGAAAGUACAACAUACAUUGAAAGGGAUUAUAUUUUUACACCAUUCCUUUUUUUUAUGAAGGCGUACAAAAGAAACAGAAAGAACGGAAUUUUAAAACGAGACGAUGUGUGAAUACUUGUCGUUUGUUUGCUGAAGUCGCGUAGGCCGAAUGGCCGUCUUCACUGCGCAGUAGUUGAACGUUUAAGAAUAAGACAGAUUUUAUUUCCUUUUGCUUCAUUUCCCGGUUCCCGAUAUUUGGUAUAUUAUUUUUGCUUCCACCAUUGAUAAGUAUUUUAUCAACUAGCGUUCAUGAUGCAUGUUCAGGGGCGAGUUCUUAUCGAACAUUGGAUAGAAUUCCUUGACUCACAACUUUGAGACGAAAGGAAACACAAAAGGGUCUUGUAAGUGAUUAAAGAAAAGCAAACAAAGUCUACAUAGUUGUGGUGUGUGUACAGAGAGGAGGACAGGUUACUCGUUAAGAUCAACCGGUUUCAACUUGUCUCACUAUCCCGGCAGUGGCUUCGACCCAAAGAAUAUUAAAAAUGCAGCACAAGAAAAAAGGGAUCUCUAAGCUUUUGUGUUUGAGCAUAAGAAGAAGGGAACAUUAACCCCGUAGAGCUUAGGAUAGGUUAGGUUGGGUUUUGUUUAGGGACUUUUCUUGCUUCUGGCAUGAUACGCCAGAUUCCGAGGGGAACGACUUGAUUUUUUGUUUGAAUUCCCAACGAGUCACACACUGCAUCGAAGUUAUAAAAUUAUAUUUAAAUAGAAACUUUGAUUGCACAUGAUAGUCUUUGGGAUUUUUUUGGAUUUUUUACCCGCUUUAGUCAACUGGGAUGUUAAAUGGGUCGUCCUCUGUUCUCUGAUAAUCUUCCGAACGUGUAUAUCAUGUAAGGGAAAGUAUUCCUUUCCUGGUGGGAAGAAAUGAUCUUGGGAUGGGUCGAAGUUUUGUUUUGUUUGACGUGUGGGCUGUUGUGACCUGUUUGAUUUAUUGAAUAAAAAACACGUUUGCAUCAUGUAAGCCCUCUGUUUGUUGUGCCCGAAUGUCUUUCGCAAUUUAAUUUGCCCUACAAGUGUUUGGAGUGAAUGGCAAAAAAGUUGAAGUUUGAUAUGACGUAAUAUGCAUUUAUCUUCUUUCUUUCCUAUUUCGCUUUCUGCACCCAAAAAUAUAUCGGUGUGCCUCGUGCUAGUCCGAAAACAAACUAUGAAAUGCCAACACCGAUAAGAUAAGACACUCGCGCUCUCGAGUACGCGACCUGCAACUCAUGCCGCGAAUGCUUAUCCCAACACGCUUAUCACGAACCACUGCUGCUGACCAUUUGCGUGCCGGCGAACAUAGGAAACAGUUUAGAAACAUCUUUGUAUCUCGACUCUUCAGCUCUUCGCGGCGUGCGUGUGUGGCGUGCAGCGCUUUAGGACCGUACUGCAGGUUCGUAACACUUGGCCCACGGAAACAUUCUUGCCACCAACGAUGGAAUUCCUGCUCGGUGGUGCUUCGUCGAUGUGUGCCGUGCUGUUUACGAACCCGUUCGAUGUGCUCAAGACACGCCAACAGCUGGAGGGCGAGCUGAUAGCGAAACAGAAUCUCAAGGAACGUUCCUACAAAGGCAUCCGCCAGUCCGUGAUCACGGUGGUCCGGACGGAUGGUUUGCGCGGCCUGCAGAAAGGACUUCCGGCCGCCUUACUGUACCAAUUUUCGAUGAACGGUGUCCGGCUAGGGACGUACCAGACGGCGGAGAAUCUCGGUUGGACGAAGAGCACAAAGCAUCCCUCGCUGACUCCACUGCUGUCGCUGUUCUGGGGCGGUUGUGCUGGGCUGGCAAGUGCUACCGCAUCCUGUCCAUUCUACGUGGUGAAGACACAGCUACAGGCCGUCACUUCUGGAUCGUACACGGCACGGUUUCAGCAUCACCAUCGUGGAACCGUGUCGGCUUUUGUAAAUAUCUACCAGCAAAGUGGAAUUCGUGGACUGUUCCGAGGGUAUACGGCCACCCUGGCGCGACUUGUCGUUGGAUCAUCCGCCCAGAUGUCAUCGUUCAGUGCGUGCAAAGAGUUCUUCCUGCGCUACCAAGUGUUCCAGGAGUCGAUUGUACUGACCGCAUUGGCUAGCAGCACUGUGGCGGGAUUUCUAACCAGUGUCCUGAUGUCACCGUGCGAUGUUGUGACGACACGCAUGACCAACCAAGCCGUGUCUGCCAACGGGAAAGGCUUACUGUACAGCAACAUUUUUGAUUGCUUCUUGAAGAUCUACCGAUCGGAAGGCAUCCACGGUUACUACAAGGGAUUCGUGCCAAUGUACCUGCGUGUGGCUCCACACACGAUGCUCAACCUUACGUUUUGGGAGUUCUUCAAGGGUCUUCACGAACGAUAUGGAAAGCACUGAUACACGGAACGAUGCAAAACGACGCCCUUGUUCAAACUCUCGAGAUAUCAUUCCCAAGCAUACCUAAAUGGCGCGCGCUACAACAUACAAACGAAUGAUGAAAGACAUAUGACAUAUGUGUACCGUCGUCUUACCGCUUAUCUUAUCAGCAACCGUAGAAGACGUUCUUAAAGGCUUGGCUUUUAUUAAAAACACACACACACACACAUUCACCUACACAAACGCAACUCCACUCCAGUAGUUCGCAUUUCAAAUGCUUGCCACACCUGCUUUGCUUAGCAAAUAUAUUGGUGCUAUAUAAUAGCGAUAAUACAAGUUGGAACAGGGAACCUACAUUGAUAAGAACGGAGGAUCUAAAGAUUCUCGAUACGGUCGUUAAACGAUUAGAUGCUUAGCACAGAAGUAAACUUCCGAUGUACGAUACACUGCACGAGUGACUAAAAAUGGAAAAAAAGCAUAGCAAACGGAACGGAUAUUCUACUCACUUUGGAGUACUUGAAAACGAUGACAUCAGUUCUGCUAGGAUGGAUAGCAAAUGGGAACAUAAUAACAUCAUCAUCUUGUCUGGAUGUUGUCAUUACAGAACAUAUGAACUAGAUCCGAACAGUCGACUCCAUUGUGUGUUUUGAGGAACUUAAAAGCGUCUUCUGGGGUAUGUCUGGUGGUUAGAAGACGGAAUGAUAUCUUCGUUCGGAAUGUAUCUACCUAUGGAAUCAUGGAUGUUCCUCUUUAAUCCCAUAUUGGACAAGAAUUCAGCAAGUCUUUUUAGUUAAAAUCGCAGCUUCAAUGUUUGGUAAGAGAUGUCACAAGCAUCACGAGCCUUGAGGUUUUGCGAUUGAGUGUGAUCUGUAGUUAAUUUACAGUGAUAUUCACAUCUAAUAUUACUAGCUUCUCCAAUAAAAGGUUUAUGAUGAGGUGUGCUUAUGCUGUUAACAUAAACCAAUGCUUGUACCUGAAUGGUUCUGUGGAAACAAAUAAGGCCAAUCCGCAAAUGAGGAUUCAUUGCGGAAUAGGGUCAAUUAAUUCCCCGAAGCAACUUGUAAGGGCGUUCCAUACAUGUGUUAAGUAUUUUUUUUGUAGCAUGCAAACAAUUCCCAAGAACCUUUGAGCUGAACUUGCGACGAUAGCAAUUGCAUAGGCAUGGGAAUGAUUCUGGGAAUAUUGGAACGCAGUGCACAAAAUGUAUCACACCCUUGAAGUUUUUAGGUGACCCAGGUUAGUGUGGUAAAACUAGUCGCAGGUGGAGGAUCGAGUUAGUGAUUGGUGAUCAAGUUUUUUUUUGUAAAGUAUGAAGUAUAUUGUGAUAUAUGUAAAUCCUAGCAGCUAAAGAGCUAACGCUGUUUUCAAUCAUGUUUAUUUUUGUACGGCAAAAUUUCAACCAUAUACUUUCUCCAUUUUGUAUGCGACGACAUAAAGUGGUAAGUGUGUAUACUUUCUCCUUUUUUGCAUCUGCCAUGUCCCAGUUUGCUAGGUCAUCGAUCAGUACCGUCCAAACACCAGGGCGUAUCGUCAUCAUCGGUCGGGAUUGUCGUGAUUGUUUGCUUGUGAACAGAAUCAAUUGAUACCGUUGAAUUAUUGAAAAGUUUCCAUCAUGCCUUACCCCGAUGUGGUCUCGGUAUACGCUAAGUGACGAUAUCGAUUGAGAAGAGUGCCAAUGCAGAACAGUUUACUGCAAAUGUCAUCCCAAUGGACGAGGUACGCCAUUUCCAGCUGGCGUAGGCAAAUACCCUUAAGGGGAAUGGUUUGCAAUUUGGCAUGCGUUCCAGUGACCCGAUCAUUAGGGAGAAAGAGGGAGAACGAACAGAAUGGACUUUCCACUUCCCGUUUGUGUGCGGGUAUCUGGCUGUGGGUACCGUGCUUAGACAGUCGCGGGUCAUAAGGGCUUUACGGUGAUGGCGACGGUUAGGAGUGCAAUUACCUUCGCCUACCCGUAUAUGUGGGCACUUACUUUGCUUGUUCCAGGCCCGCCCUUUCUCCUCUUCGGACUUAGUGGAGUUGGUCGAUUCUUAUUGAGGUCAGACGAGGGUAGAAGAAAAUCCGUUUGAAGAAAUGGGAACCAAAUCUGUUUCAUAACAGGAGUAUUUGUAGGUAUGUAAGUUGCAUUUUUAAGAUUAAUUGUUUUACUGAGACAAAGCUGCUGAACUACUGUUAACAUUACUCCUCGUCUAUUUAUGAGCGAUCUAUGCUCAUUGCUUCAUUACUGCAACUUAACGAAAAGCUUACAUUACAAAAGUGUAUUAAAAGGAAUCUGAUGAAAUAUUAACAAAUUGUUGAUUGAAGCCAUCUAUGUCCCUUUACCCUUGUAGUACGAUAUCGUGACGUUAAUGCCAGCUACUAUACUGCACUUGCCGAACCUAACCACAAAACACGAACAUAGAAUGGAAAUUAGAGGUGCAUGUGGGAAAAUAAUACCCAUUCUAUCGCCCAUUCGACCGCAUGCAUGUACAACAGGUUCGCGUGUAGAUCGCGCGUAGCUUAUUGUUUCAACCGAUCCGGCUUACCCUCACCGACUACAAUGCAUUCGGUGUAGAAAGCAAUGCGAUUUAUGCGCAUUAGGAAACCCUGCCGUGGAAAUUAUCUAACGCCGGCACCCGUGAUGGCGCAUGCUAGAAGGCCUAUCCGGCGAAGGGAAAUACAUAUAGUGGUUGCUGGGGAAUUCCGUUGCAAGGCCACUUCAUCCAACUCAUCCUACCUUUGGUUGUGGAAAGGUGGAAAGUGUUCAGACUGACGGCCGGUUUUUUUUCCUUCCGCAUCAUGGAAAAUGUGGGUCAAUAUUUGUACCCCUUUUUUGCCUCGGUGGGUCCCUAGUCUCUAUGAAGGUGUAUUUACAUCAUCCCUAACACAUGCCUUUGAAUGUUAUCAAUGAUCAAGCAGUAGGAAAAAAAACACAUGUUCAUCAUGCGAUCAAAUUGAUGGAGCCACGCUUAAGUGAGCCAGAUUAGCCAAUGCGAAGGUAAGAAAAAGACACUUAAUGGGGACCCACCAGCUAUUAGGGCAGCGAAAGUGGUGCUGCUGUGCCAUGACGAGUCAUAUGAAAGGCUUCGUUGUCACAAAAACAGCUUUAAUGUGGUCGAAUGUUAGACGUGUGGUUUUUAUUACGUUAUCGUAACCCCGUCACUAAACGCUUAGCAAUUGUCGCGUUUGCGACCGCGAUA